GUCCAUUCGUCCUGAGAACCACCUAUUAAUAAUUAAUUUCGACCAUAUCUACCAUGAACAUGGUCACUUCAACAACCAUUCCGGCAUUACGCGAUGUCAUCUAUCACUCAAUCGCGCCAAGAGCCACUCACACCUGGCACCACAGUCAGCAGUGACUCGGGGAAGACCUACAGAAUCGAAGAACUUCUCACCCAUGGAGGUAAAACUGCGUUGCACGUUUAUCGCGCGAGGCAAGCGAUACGUCAUCAAGAACAUGAUUCCGGGUGAGUGUGAAUAUCAACUGAACCUACAGAAUUUGGUCUCUUCCAGUCCGAAUGUGCGGUCUGUGACCGAUACCUUCCAAUCAUUGGAGAUGUUUGUCUAUCCUUUCAUGGAUGGAGACUUGCUUCGGCCGAGUCAGAAAAAGUUGUCCAGGGACACAAGAAGGGAUAUUCUCCGAAGUGCACUGCAAGGCCUGGUUGAUUUACACGACAAGGAUAUUCUUCAUAAUGACAUCAAGCCAAACAACAUCCUGAUCGAUUACAAGGAAGGCCCCAAGAAUCAAAUAACAAUUAACCAAGUUCAAAUAUCGGACCUAGAAGAUACGGUAAUUGUCCCACCUGGCAAGUGGCUACGGGGCCCUCUCUGCGGCAAUCCGAUUUGGAGAAGCGCGGAGAGUUGGGCCCGAUCCCGUCAAAACCAGUCCUCGGAUGUGUUUUCCUUUGGUAUCGUUAUUAUAUAUGUCAUGGUCAAUGAGAUGGUCUUUCGCGUCACUGACGGCGAACUAAAUGCGGCCGACUCGUGGCGCUAUGUCCUCCGCCGAAAUCUGUCCUACUUUUCGGAUGCGGAUAGCCUUCAGGGGUUUUUGCAUCAUAUUGGCAAAGAAAACCCUUUCUACGAGCGCUUAUUGGCACUUGUUGACAUUUUUGGCCCUGAGAGUCCUAGACAGCCCCUUGAACAGUGGAAUUAUCUGGAGUCGGAUCUCAAGGAUUUGUUGAAAAAGAUGACCAUUUUGGAUCCAACAAGGAGAAUUACUGCAAGAGAGGCUCUUCUGCAUCCCUGGUUUAGUGGCUCGGCCUAG